UCUUCGAUCUGGUAGAUCCUCUCGGCGUCUUCCUCGGGGAGAGAUGAUCUUUUCUUUCCUUUUUUAAAAAUCUGGACGCGAAGAGAACAAGUUGUGCUUCCCCCCCUGCUCCUCGCUAAAUGCCAUGGAUAUAACUGAAUAAGCCGCUCAGGGCUCUCCCCGCGUGGACGUCCGUGGCCACCAUCUGCCUGCCUUCGCCGGAGCCGGAGGGCUUAGCUCCAGACUGUGGCGGGCGCGGAAGGAUGCGCGGCCGAGCCGGGGAGCCCGGGCGCCCCGCCGAGCCGGCCUCGGAGCCCCGCAGCCGGGGGUAGAUGCUGCCUCGCCCAGGCGCCGUGGCCUGAGUGACCAGACCAUGGAGACCCUGCUUGGUGGCCUGCUGGCGUUUGGCAUGGCGUUUGCCGUGGUCGACGCCUGCCCCAAGUAUUGCGUCUGCCAGAACCUGUCUGAGUCACUGGGGACCCUGUGCCCCUCUAAGGGGCUCCUCUUCGUGCCCCCCGACAUCGACCGGCGGACGGUGGAGCUGCGCCUGGGCGGCAACUUCAUCAUCCACAUCGGCCGCCAGGACUUCGCCAACAUGACCGGGCUGGUGGACCUGACCCUGUCCAGGAACACCAUCAGCCACAUCCAGCCCUUCUCCUUCCUGGACCUCGAGAGCCUGCGCUCCCUGCACCUCGACAGCAACCGGCUGCCGGGCCUCGGCGAGGACACGCUGCGCGGCCUCGUCAACCUGCAGCACCUCAUCGUCAACAACAACCAGCUGGGCGCCAUCGCCGACGACGCCUUCGAGGACUUCCUGCUCACGCUGGAGGACCUGGACCUGUCCUACAACAACCUGCAUGGCCUGCCCUGGGGCUCCGUGCGGCGCAUGCUCAACCUCCACCAGCUCAGCCUGGACCACAACCUGCUGGACCACAUCGCCGAGGGCACCUUCGCCGACCUGCAGAAACUGGCUCGCCUGGACCUCACCUCCAACAGGCUGCACAAGCUGCCCCCGGACGCCAUCUUCGCCCGCUCCCAGGCCUCCGCCCUGACCGCCACGCCCUUCGCCCCGCCCCUGUCCUUUAGCUUCGGCGGGAACCCGCUGCACUGCAACUGCGAGCUUCUCUGGCUGCGGAGACUGGAGCGCGAGGACGACCUGGAGACCUGCGGCUCACCGGGGGGCCUCAAGGGGCGCUACUUCUGGCACGUGCGGGAGGAGGAGUUCGUGUGCGAGCCGCCCCUCGUCACCCAGCACACGCACAAGCUGCUGGUUCUGGAGGGCCAGGCGGCCACGCUCAAGUGCAAGGCCAUCGGGGACCCCAGCCCCCUCAUCCACUGGGUGGCCCCCGAUGACCGCCUGGUGGGGAACUCGUCCAGGACCGCCGUGUAUGACAACGGCACGCUGGACAUCCUCAUCACCACGUCUCAGGACAGCGGCGCCUUCACCUGCAUCGCGGCCAACGCCGCCGGGGAGGCCACCGCCACGGUGGAGGUCUCGGUGGUCCAGCUACCGCACCUCAGCAACAGCACCAGCCGCUCCGCACCCCCUAAGUCCCGCCUUUCGGACAUCACCGGCUCCAGCAAGACGGGCCGGGGAGGCGGAGGCAGCGGGGGCGGGGAGCCUCCCAAAAGCCCCCCUGAACGAGCUGUGCUCGUGUCUGACGUGACCACCACCUCGGCCCUGGUCAAGUGGUCGGUCAGCAAGUCGGCACCGCGGGUGAAGAUGUACCAGCUGCAGUACAACUGCUCGGACGACGAGGUACUGAUCUACAGGAUGAUCCCAGCCUCCAACAAGGCCUUCUUGGUCAACAACCUGGUGUCGGGGACUGGCUAUGACUUGUGCGUGCUGGCCAUGUGGGACGACACGGCCACAACGCUCACAGCCACCAACAUCGUGGGAUGCGCCCAGUUCUUCACCAAGGCCGACUACACGCAGUGCCAGUCUAUGCACAGCCAGAUCCUGGGAGGCACCAUGAUCCUGGUCAUCGGGGGCAUCAUUGUGGCCACACUGCUCGUCUUCAUCGUCAUCCUCAUGGUGCGCUACAAGGUCUGCAACCAGGAUGUCCCCGGCAAGAUGGCUGCUGCCGCCGUGAGCAACACAUACUCACAGACCAAUGGGUCGCAGCCGCCACCUCUGUCCGGUGCACCUGCUGCGCAGCUGCUCCAGGGGCCGCCCAAGGUGGUGGUGCGGAAUGAGCUCGCCGACUUCACUGUCAGCCUGGUUCGAGGCACGGACUCUUCUUCCUCCAGCUCCCUGGGCAGCGGGGAGGCGGCGGGGCUGGGCCGGGGCCCCUGGAGGCUCCCUCCUCCUGCCACCCGCCCCAAGCCCAACAUUGAUCGGCUGAUGGGAGCUUUUGCCUCCCUGGACCUCAAGAGUCAGAGAAAGGAGGAGCUGCUUGACUCUAGGACUCCAGCCGGGAGAGGGUCUGGGACACCGGCCAGGGGCCACCACUCAGACCGAGAGCCACUGCUGGGGCCACCGGCAGCCCGUGCCAGGAGCCUGCUGCCUCUGCCCCUGGAGGGCAAGACCAAGCGCAGCCACUCCUUUGACAUGGGGGACUUUGCAGCUGCCGCCGUGGCUGCGGGAGGGGGCGCCCCUGGUGGCUACAGUCCCCCUCGGAGGGUCUCGAACAUCUGGACCAAGCGCAGCCUCUCUGUCAAUGGCAUGCUGCUGCCCUUUGAGGAGAGUGACCUCCUGGGGGCCCGGGGCACUUUUGGCAGCUCCGAGUGGGUGAUGGAGAGCACAGUGUAGACCGGGGGUGCGUGGGGGGGUGCUCCCUCCCCGUCACAGCCCCUACAGGGUGGGAGAAGAAAGGGGAAGAAUCCUUACUGGCAAGUCUUUGUGGGGUUUCCAUGGUGAUGUUUACAUCCAGGGCCUCUCGUCCCUCCCUCCCCAACCACCACGUCCCGCCUCACUGCCCCAGGCCCGUCCCCGAGCCAGCCGGGGUGCUCAGGGAAUGUGGACUCGCGUGGACGCUGAGCGCCGAGUGGCUGGAAAGGCGAGACUCCGCCUUUCUCAUCACAGAUGUAGCGUGCCAGCAAGCGGCUUCGGAUUGCUGUGGGUCCCAGUGUGGUUUUUUUUUUUUUUUAAUUUCUGAAUUUAUGUUUUCCAUUUCCCAGACUCCUUCUCUUCAUUUGCUAUGUGUUCCCAGCAGCCUCGGGGGUGGGCGGGUGUCGCCAUCGGACACAAGAUGGGAAGGACCCUGCUUCCACACUUGCUUGGGGGGAGACUGGAGGCCACUUUCCAGAGCCCUCAUGGGUCCCAGCCACCCUCCCACCCCGCACUGGGAGGCCUGGGUGACCCCGAGGCCUGUCUGUCACCAGAGCUUUGCAAACAUGACACCCCAGAGCCAUCACAGCGGCUUACACACAAAGGGCCACUUCCAACAUUGCAGGGUGCCAAGGAGAAGGGCUGUGGGCUGCAGGGCAGAUGGGAGUCUCUGGACCCACUUGGGAGUUUUUGUCUCCUUCCUGUGCAGCCAGAGCAGGAAGCCCCCAGGAGCGUGCAUGAGGUCAGGGGGCUUCUCUUAAGGAGGGCCCUUUGGGACAGGGCUCCAGAGCCACUGACUAAUCUGCUGAAGAACCUAGCUGGCUUUGGACCCCCGUUUCCUAAGUGGCCAGAUGCAGGGAUUGUGUGCACAGGCUCUCAGAGGGAAAAUUCUAGAAGUGCUGCAAGAAAGCCCGGACUUUUCAGAAUAGCAGAGGUGUCUGUGGUCAUCCUGCCCUUAAUGCUCUCUCCCCCUCCCCCAGAGCAGAGGGACUUGCCCAAAUCCCUGAUGUUAAUCAGCAGGAGGGUCGGACCCGCCUCCCAGGAUGCGGUGUGGGACCCGUGGCCCUGACUUAAUGCCGUUGUGUGCCCCGAGUCAGCCCCGUGUUUGUUUCUGAAGGAGGCGGCUCAGCGUGGCACAUGGCAGGUGCCUCCUCUGGGUUCCGGAGGAGGGAGGGGUCAUCCACAGAAAUGACAGGUGGGGAAUGAGAGGCUCGCGUGGACUCCUAUCUGCUGGGAGGCUAGCUCCACACUCCCAGAUGGCCAGGGAGAAUUGACCUCGGACAAAUGUCAGCACUGGCCCCCGCACCUGUGCCCCCCGGCCUCUGUUUGCAUCUAGGUCUCCCCUCCUUGCUGACUCACUGCCUCCCCCUCCUUUCCCUCUGUUACCACCUCAUUCUUCCCUUUCCCAAGA